AUGGCCAGCGAAACCCCCCAGCUUCUCAAGUUCGACGUCUGCAUCUACAGAAAGGAUGACAUCCCGUUUGAAGAUUUUGUCAAGUGGGCUACUGUGGAGUAUCCUCCCAAGGCCGUUCCCCUGAUGAAAAAACACGGCAUUGUCCAGUGGGCGCAGACACUGACCCCGCCGCAACUCCGUGAGCCCUACCGUCAUGUGCUGAAGAACGAGCUGGGACGGGCGGAAUGGACCGUUCCCGACUACGAUCUCGUUCUGUCCUACUGGCUGCGCAGCCCGGAUGACAUGCGUUCGCUCACCCAAGAUCCCGAGUGGAUCGAGCUCGAGAAGGACGCCCAGACGCGGAGCAACUUCUCAAUCGGCCACUUUGUGAUCGGCCACGAGAUCGUCCACCUCACGGGAGGCGAGGCUCGGGGAGCGGCCGCCGCCUAA